CUCCGGGCCGACCGCCUUUUUCCUCCGGGGGCUUCUCUUCCAGCUCUGCAAUCACAGCGCCGCCGAUUUCUUAGGGUUUCCCUUCUCCCGGCGGCCGUUCUUGGCCAUUGACUCGCUUCAAGAAUGGUUGAUUCUGGGAAACGACCUCGUCCCAGAGACCACGAGGGUGACAACAAGGCCUUCAAGAGACGUGCGACGGACAGAGAUGAGAAGGGCAGCGACGAUUUGGUCGUGUACAGAAUACUCUGCCCCGACGGGGUCAUUGGGAGCGUCAUCGGUAAGAGCGGUAAGGUCAUCAACUCCAUAAGACAGGACACGAGAGCAAAGGUCAAGGUGGUUGACCCGUUCCGUGGUUCUAAGCAUCGGGUCAUAACCAUAUACUGCUAUGUCAAGGAGAAGGGAAGUUUCGAUCUUGAUGAUGAUUUCGACGAGGAGAAGCCUCUCUGCCCGGCACAGGAUGCCCUUCUUAGGGUACAUUCUGCAAUUGCAACUUCAGUUGCAAGCGCUUUUUCCGAGUCAGACAACGGCAAAGGUAGGAGAGACAGGGAGGAAUGCCAGAUUCUUGUCCCGACAAGCCAAUCAGCAACGAUCAUUGGGAAGGCCGGUACUACUAUUAAGAGAGUGAGGAGCAAGACUCGGACACACAUUAAGGUCACCCCCAAGGAUUCAUCAGACCCGAGUCACUCGUGUGCAAUGGAUUUCGACAACUUCGUCGUGAUAACGGGCGAGCCAGAAUCAGUAAAAAAAGCACUGUUUGCAGUCUCUGCGAUUAUGUACAGGUUCAGCCCCAAGGAGGAUGUACCCCUUGAUACCACCGUACCUGAAAAUCCUCCGAGCAUAAUAAUCCCUCCUGAUAUUCCCAUAUACCCUCCAACUGGACUUUACCCUAGUGCCAGCGAUCCACUUUCUUCCAGAGCUGUUCCUCCAAUCUUAACAUCUGUACCGGAGCUUCAGGGUUUUGCUGAUGCUGCAAAUCCAUGGCCCAUGUAUUCAUCAGCCCUCCCUUUAGUUUCUGGCCUUGGAGGCUCUUCUCGGUCGGAGGAGUUGAUUGUUAGGGUCUUGUGCCCCUUUGACAAGAUCGGACGUGUCAUUGGAAAGGGAGGGGGUACUAUUAAGAGCAUAAGGCAGGCCACUGGGGCUCGCAUUGAGGUUAAUGAUACCAAGAAUGAUCGUGAUGAGUGUAUAAUUACAGUUUCUUCAACAGAGUCACCCGAUGAUCUGAAAUCCAUGGCUGUUGAAGCUGUUCUGAUGCUCCAAGGCAAGAUAAAUGAUGAAGAUGAAAACACUGUUUCAAUGCGACUCCUCAUUCCAUCGAAGGUCAUUGGUUGCAUUAUAGGAAAGAGUGGUUCUAUAGUUAGUGAAAUUCGCAAGACAACUAGAGCAGAUAUUCGUAUCUCCAAGGGCAAGAUACCGAAAUGUGCUGAAGCAAAUGAUGAACUAGUUGAGGUUGGUGGAGAAGUGGGAAAUGUAAGAGAUGCCCUUAUACAAAUUGUGCUGAGGCUCCGAGAUGAUGUAUUGAAAGAAAAGGAUGGCAAUCAGAACCUCUCUGCAGGGACUGAUUCUCUAUAUGCUGGGGGUGGGACUGGUCUUUCUCUAUCAUCUGUGUUGCCUCCUAUUCCUCCUCCAGUUGCUCCAUUGGGUUAUGACCAGAGGGCUGAAGCUGGUAGUGGCUUGGGCAUGGUUUCUUCAAGCAGCCUUUAUGGAUAUGGUUCUCUAUCGAUGGGUGAUAAUGGCUAUGGAUCUAUGUCCUCCUACACAUCCAAGUUGUUCAGUGGUUUGGAACCUCCUCCUUCAGCACUUGAAAUCUUGGUCCCUGCAAAUGCUGUAGGAAAAGUGAUUGGUAAAGGAGGGGCAAAUAUAGCAAAUAUCCGUAAGGUUGUCAUCCUCUUUCGUGAAGUUAAUUUUGCUAUUUCUGUUCCAUUACUCUUGCCUCUUCCCUCUUCCUCCUAUCUCUCCCCUCUCUCUCUCUUUCUCCCCCUUUGCUUCCUAAACUCUCUCCCUCUCCUUCCCUCACUGCCUCUCUCACUCUCUUUCUUUCCAUCCUCCAUCCCAUUGCAAAUUACCGUGUCAAUGGACUUUUGCUCUUAUGGGCUUUCUGUGUUGCACUCUCUCUCUUUGUCCAGUCUUGAACAUGCCAUUGCUUUUGACAGUUUUGAGUUUGAUACGUCCUUUGCCUUGCUGAUAAGAUCAAAGUUGCUGAGUUUGUUGAAAACUGCAUAGAUAUUAUGCUUUAAGAUGAUUUAGAGAACCUAACCAUAGUCAUCGUAGUGUUAUAUAUGCUUAUACCAGUUAGGUUUCUAAGAUCACUCUAAGGACCUCUUUUUUUCUGAAUUCUUUGCAGAAAAUAUUGAAUCCAUCUCUUAAGUAUUAGCUAUGUAAGAUUGUGCUUAUUUUCCAAUUGGAAGAAAUAUGGUUAUGCUUAUUUUGGUCAGCCUCAACCCUUUUGCUAUCAAGGCACUAAAACACCCUUGAAAGGAGAAAAUUGUUGAUUGAAAGAUAUAGGCUCUUGAUCUGGUCCAUUUCGCUGUCUAUUGUCCUUUUCUUGGUGCUUAUCAUUAUAGGCAUUCUUUACUACCUUCUCAUUCCUUGUCUAUAUUAUGCGUUAUCCAAAGGUUGGUUAACAAUAUUGAUACAUUUUCCUUGAGGGAAUCGAGUCGUAGCAUGUCUAUCCCAGGGAAUGUCUUUCUGCUAUAAAAUAUGAUAUGAUGGAUUCUCACCCCUUUGAUUG